ACACGUCUCUGAUUGGUUCCUUCCCGCUAAUGUUUUUGUUUACAAAUUUGAAUCCCCGCCAUUCUCGACGAUUGCACGAGUGCCAGUGUUAGGGUGUUAUUUUGGCAUUUGCUAGCGAUGCAUAUGAAGUUACCGUGAAUUUUCUGAGAUAUUUGUUUGAUACUUGUUUACCAUGCCUGUUGAAGCCAUACAAGAUUACGAUGCUGCAUUUGAAAGUUUCGACCAAAAGAUUUCCCAGAACAGACAGACAUUGGUGAAAAUUUAUGGGGAUACAUUGAAUCAGGUCACUGCAGCCUGCCAGCAUGAACUAAAUGUUAUCAAUAAAAUUGCAGGUGAAGUGACAGAGUUGCAGAAGAAGAUUUCCAGUAUUCGUGAAGAUAUUGAGUCUGUCUGCACUGACAAAGAUCGUGCAGGAAGAGAGAAGCAAAAGCUGCAGCACGAGUAUAAUGAGUUGAAUCUUCUUAUCAAUGAAAAGAUUCAUGAAAAAGAUAAGCUCAGAGAGAUGCUGAAUCAGCAGGAGCAAAGAGUGAAAGAAAAAGAACAGUUGGUGGAAUAUGACGAACGCAAGAAUCAGGAGAAACUUAGCAAUAUGGAAAAGGGAGUUCUUUUUUAUCAGACUCACUUAGGAUUGAAGGUACAACGUACACGACAUGAUACACUUGUAUUUGUAUUUACUCAGGUAAAUCGCUUAGAUCCCAGCAGAGAAUACAUGCUUGAGCUGACAUUAGAAAAUGAUAGAUAUUGCCUUGUGAAGACUGAACCUCCGAUUGAAAAUCUGAAAGAAUUAGAGGAAAAACUUAACAAAACCAACAAUUUUUCUGGUUGCAUAGUUCACAUUCGAAAUCUUUUUCAGAACAUGGAUGAGUGAUGUGCCUUAGCAGUAUCAGCCUGCAUUUGAGUAAUAUUUUUGAGAAAAUGUUUAGUGUUUUGUAAAUAAAAGGAUUUUUUGAACAUUUCUCUGCAUUAAGUCAUACCACUUCUUUUUAAGCAUUUGUGUGUGUGUAGUGUAUAGUUGUGUGCGUGAACAGACAGCAUGCAUGCUAAUGUCAAAAUGCCUAUGGACAAAUUUCUUAAUGGACAUAAUGCCUAAUGACAAAAAUAAGUUACAAAAAAGUAAAAGGUCUUAUGGAAACAAGUUGAAACAUGGUGAGAAAGAUAUAUUUGCCAGAAAAAAACAAUAACAAAGAUAUAUAAAAAGCACAUGAUUGAAUAUUGCAAUGAAUAAAAUAGUAUUUUUGUCAUUAAGUAUAUAUAUUAGUUUUACCAGACCACUGAGCGUAAUUAAUUAAUAGCUCUUAGGGCUGACCCGAAGGAUUAGAUUUUUUUUACAUGACUAGAAACCCGUUGGUUUCUCAGCAAUGGGACCUACAGCUUAUUGUGGGAUCUGAACCACAUUAUAUCGCCAUUAAACACAAAGUGAAGGUUAUUGAAUUAUAAAUUAUACACUGUCGACCGUAAAUAAGCUAAAUUUGUACUUUUAUUGUGAGUUGCAUUCUUUCAUUUAUUCUAAUAUAUUUUUUAUUCUUGCAAUAUUCUCUCUUUAGGACAAGUGUUGUUGAAUCACUUCCUCAUUAUCUUGUUUGAUUUUUUCCAUUAGUUUUUCCAUGGUUGGGUGAGUGACACUAACUCUUAUUUAAGCCAUGAUGCCAUUCUUCAAGAGAAUUAUUGGUCCUUGGUAGGUCUAGCUCGAUUCUGUUGUAAGCACGCCACAUUUCAAUAUUGAAUGCUGGCCGUCUCCAUUGACCUCACUGAGUGAAGGCAAGCCAGGUUAUUUUGAAGUAUUCUAAGAAGGCACUUGUAAACUUCAUCUGUAUCAAGGUCAAAUGAUCACAUAAAAUCUUUAAAUCAGUAAUAUCUUGUCAUGAAACAUAGGAUAAUACUUUUAUUUGUUUUACAUUACGAGAGAAUUUUCCAGGUCUGUAUACGUACCAGCCUUGUAAACCAAGGUUUUGAAUUUUCCACCAAAGACACUGGCUUCGUGAAAGAAGCAACCAUGGACAGAUGAAUCUUGAAAACAUUUUCUUUAGCUGUUAAUUGCUGCUUGUUCAAGAUCCACUGUAACUGACUAAUUAAAGGUUUUGUCCUUGGAGAAACUCAAAUAUUUCCUCUUAGAUUUUAUCAUCUUUAUUAGAUGUAAUACAGUAGACUGUUGGUAACAUUUUACUGGUGUCAACAACACCAUGAUUUGUAUAAAACUUUUCUAAUUGGCACAUUGUCACCUUUUUUUAAUUCUUAAAAUUUCCAAAUUCCUUGUAGUUGAGUAAAUAUACAGUUUCUGGUUUGUAUAGUAGAAAAUCAUCACCUCUUGUCACAGUUAAAUUUUCAUUUGCAUUUGCUCCCACUUGCACGUCUUACCUACGUCUUAGCAAGUCUUAGAGGCACAGAACUGCAUUAUGUUAAUGGUAAAUGUAUUGUGCAGUGAUUAGUGACGGAAGUUGUGGCUUCAUUAGAUUGUAGUGUUUGUUCUUGUAUGCUUUCAGUAGCUUUCAGAGCAGUGAUAUGUGCUUCAUUGGAUGUAUGUGAAUCUAUUCGAGAGUUUCUGAAUCUCAUUGUAACAUGUAAUAAUACGGGCUCUGCAACAAUCCCAUUUUUAACAUCUCUGAUAUAUGUGAUUUUCCUUUUUUCUUUUUACAUACGCGAAGCCUUUAUGUAAAAGUUUUUUGCCCCCUUUAUGACCAGUAACGAACUCCAUUUUUAACCAAAGGGCUUAUGACGAAAUUUUAUUUAAAUGAGAAAGAAAGAACACACUUCUGAAACGAAAGUACCUACUAUCCACAGUUAUGGUUAUUAGGUAUUUUACCUAAUAAGUAUUUUGGUCAUUAGCACCUUAUCUGAAAAGUUGGUCCUUUGCUUGUCCAAUAGGCAUUUUGACUUGAGGCAAUCUGUCCUAAAUACCUGGAUUUUUAUGUAACUUUUAGAUAUAAAUUAAAGGAAACAAUCAUAUCUUAAAAUUUCUUCUAUAUCUAUCUUUUUGAUAAAUUAUUGGUUUCCAAUUUUGUACAAAUUAUCUCCGAAAUAUAUUUGUCAGUGACUGAUGCC